UCUGCGCUCAUUUCGGAGCUUUUGUGGUGUGUUUUGGAGCCGUUCAGAAUGAGAGGAGGAUCACAAACACAAGAGACAGCCAGUGGAGCUACCCGCUGAGAAAGGAGUGUCUUAUCCAUGCAGGACUGGGCACAAGUGAAAUCACCUGCUUGGAGACGAUCACACUGUUUGGCACUUGAAGGACAACACUGAGCCCUACUUUCUCUGUCUGCGACCAUAUUUAAUUCUCAUUAGAGUCACAGCCGCCGGUGUCUCAUGUAAACAAUUAACAGAAAACCGAACUUCGUGACAGAGAAGACUUUUUGUGGCAUGUGAACGUCCAGCAGAAGAGGCGCUUUUUCACUGCACACGUUUAGUGUCCCGAAAGUGAUGUGAUGUGUUUUGGGAGCUGGCUGACAGCUGUUUGGAUGGACGAGCUUUGCAGCUGAGAGAGAGAAAACAAAGUUGAUUGAAAGUUUCCCUCAGAGAAGCAGAGGAACAGGACUCUCCAGGAGCCAGAGGAUAUGGAUGUUGUUGCGUGUGAGAUCCGUGUGUCGGAGCCUGCAGCUGGGAUGCGCUGUGCAUCUGAGCCGCGGCGUUUCGCACCAUGAUACGAGAACUAACGCGCACCUGACAACGAAUGUAACACAACCGAAGCCAGUCCACAAGGAUCCACUAUGUCCUCACUACUUAACAGGAAGCUGACUCUGUGCCAGGCCCUGACCUUUGUCCUGCUGUUGGUCGCUCCCAUCGGCGUGUCUUCCCUGCAGAGUUUGUGGGUGUCUGCAUGGCACCCCACCGCUGAGGCCUCAUCAGGGCAUCUGGUGCGCACUCGGCGGCAGCUGCACUUCAGGAACGAGUGGGCGACAUGGAGCGGCUGGUCUGUCUGCUCACGCAGCUGUGGGGGCGGAGCCUCAGUGAGGACACGCACCUGCAUCACCAGGAACCCAGUGGGUGGACCAUGUACAGGAGACCCCAGACAAUAUAAGAUCUGCAACACCAAGGAUUGUCCCCCCAGCUCUGCGGAUUUCAGAGAGAUGCAGUGUGCUGCCUUCAAUGACAGACCACUGGUGGCUGGGAACUCCUUUAAAUGGACCACCUUUCAUGGAGGCUCUAACCCCUGUGAGCUGAGCUGCCUGGCCCAGGGUCACAACUUCUACUACAACUUUGGCCGUGUGCUCGAUGGCACAGAGUGCGACAAGGAGCCCGGAGCAGUGUGUGUGAAUGGACGCUGCCUGAAGCCCGGCUGUGACUCCAUACUGGGCUCAAAGCAGCAGGAGGACGCCUGCAUGGUGUGUGGAGGACAAAACACCACCUGCCUGCACCACAAGAGCGUGUACCAGAGCAAUGGGCUGGAGGCAGGUGGACCUUUUGGCUACAACGAAGUGGCAAUGAUACCAGCUGGAGCCACUCACAUCCGGGUCACUGAUAACAGUAGGAAUUAUCUAGCCCUGCAGAAUGGUCGCUCCCAGUUUGUGAUCAACGGUAACUGGAAGAUCAGUAUUCCAGGCGAGUACAAUGUGGCUGGGACGAAGCUGCUGUACCGGCGCUCUGCAGACACAUGGGAGAGCUUUGAGGUACCAGGACCCACCCAGGAGGACCUCCAUCUAAUGGUGCUGGCGACAGACAGAAACCCGGACAUCGAGUAUGAGUACUGGCUGCCACCAGGACAAUAUGCCCUUCACCAUGGGAGGAGGAGUCCACUGCGUCAGGCUCACCACACUGCCAACUACCUCCCCUGGGAUCAACCUACCACCACAACCACUACCAGCACCACCACCACCACUCGGCCUCCUCCUGUCACCACUCGGCCCUACUGGUUUUUGAGGCCUGUGAAGCCGCCCCGCCAAUCCCUUCACCACAACCGCCGCCAUCGCACUCAGCAGCCCAUCCUGCCACGCCUGGAGCGGGAGGAGAACCACAGAAACCUCCUGCCUCAGCCCUCACCUGGAAGGCAUUGUGGGAAAUGUCAGCGGGUUAAAGGUCGAAGGGAACGGCAGAGACAGUAUUGCCAGAAGGACUUUGUUUUCAGGGCCCGGGUCCUCGGGAAGCUGUACAGAGGUGAGGAGACGCGUUACGACGUCCAGAUUAUCCACACCUAUCGGAACAGCUACCGCCUGGAGCACCGUGAGUUCUUGUGGGUCCCUAAUGUGUGUGACUGCCCCCACCUGGAGGAGGGGAAGCAGUACAUACUGAUGGUGCGUCGCCACAUUAACUACGAGCACACGCUGAACCGCAUCCUGUUGGAGGAAGAGAGCUAUGUGGUGCCGUACAGACCCAGAGAGGACGAGCUGCUGCGACCACUUGAAAGGCUCUGCAGCAACAGAGGACCCAAACAGCCAGCAAAGCUCACUGGACAAGGGUAGAGACAAACUGUGUGUGUGAGCGUGUGCGCGUGAGAGAAUGAAGCUCAUACUGAAGCUCUCUUCACCUCCAUUGUUUCAUUUCUGGACUUUCAAACAUCAUCAGACUCCAUGUGGUGCAUGCAGUGGCCUGAUGAAUUCCAGAGUGGCGUCACUGAAGAACAAUGACAGCUGGAGCGUCGACAGACUUUUGAAACUUUCCACGUUAAGAAACCAAAAAGACUCCAUGUUUAUUUAAAAGCCUGACCAGCUAAUUGUACCACAGAGAGCACUUUAGGUGGAUGCUAAUGCCCACCUUUAAACAAAUACCAAAGAGAAGAACAUUGACUGAAAUGUUCUUUUUGUUAUUGUUUUUCCACAGCUGUCAUUUAAUUUUUUUGUAUUAUUGUAUUUUUGCUUGUUACUUAAAAGAAAAACCCACCUCAAACAUGAAGAUGAGGAGCUGCUUAAAUCUUCUCAAACAAUACUUUGACUUUGUCCUCAUCUUCUUUCUGAGGACACAGAGACUCAUCCAGAUACAUCCAUUAGCUCAGUAGAGCUGGUAGCACCAAAUGUUUGAGCUCUCACAAAUAUCAGCGUUAAGGCCAUGUUUAGAUGAGAACGGUCUUAGAAAAAACUGAAAAGUCUUUUCUUUGCGUUUUUAAAAAAUUCUGUUCCUAUGAUAACAUUGUGAGAACUAUCCUUAUCUACACAGAUCAGCAAAAACAACCGAAAACGCCGUAGUAUGCAUGCCAGGCCAGUAGUUGGUGGUGUAACUUUGUAAUGACAAACCAUAGAAGAACACCACUCGCCUGUGUGUAAAGGCACAGAGCAGUGAGUAUUAACAAAAAAGAAAACAGUGGCGAACCACACACUUUGAUGGAGGAGCGAUAAUAAACUAGUCAGCAUGUUACCAUUCUCACAGGCGACAGAAGGGGUGGCGUUUUCUAAAAAUUACACUCUGGAACCCAAUUUCAAGUCUGCAUUUUCAGGCCCCCAAAACACCAUUGUCGUGUGAAUGAAAGGCCAAACCGCAUCAAAAGUUUAACAUUUCAUUCAGGAACCAUUGCCGUGUAAACCGUGUAAUGCUGGGUUUUAGUGUCAGUACCUCAGAGUUAAAGUUCUGGGUCGUCAUUUUAGAGGAACUAUAGUUUAAACCUAACGCACCCUUCACUUAUGCCUGAGACUCCAGAGUUUCUCUGUUGAGAAAACAUUGAGCUUUGAGAAGUACUGGCUGCUCUUAAAACUUCAGAACUUUUAUCAACACUAAUUUCAUGGAAAAUAAAUUAGAGCUCAUGUUACCAUGAGAUCACUCUAGCCAAAUUUCAGUGAUUCAUAAUUCAAAGUGAACUUUGGCCAAGGGUGUAAAGUUGGGGGGACCAGGGGCCCCUUCCCUAUUUCCAGCACUCUUGCUUGGACCACACACACCUUUGUCCUCUGAAGUUGUCAGUGUGAUCUCAACAGCACACCUGUAAAGUUUCAUAAGCCAUGAGCCUAUCGCCUAAUCACCAUGCCAAUCUUUGACCUCAGCCUUAACUUUGAUCCUAAAUGCACACAUCAAGGUUUGUGACUUAGUCUUGCAUGCUUGUGAUGUCAUAGUCUUGACUAAAUCUGCCCACCAAUGGAGUGAUAUAUGAACACAAAAUACAUUAAAAACGUCUUUCUAGAGCUGCCAUUCCAUAAAACUAAGACAUCAGUAAAUUAUGUUAUGGACUCCAGUGUAACUGUGUUGAGGGUUACUGAUGAUUGAGGAAAACUAAUUAUUCUUCCAAUGUCAGAACUGUUAUUUCUGCUGUAACAUUGGGCAUUUUGGUGUCUAUGGGGACUGACUCAGCCUCAAGUGGCCAUUAGAGGAACUGCAGUUUUUGUCAAAUCUGCACCAGCUUCAUUUCUCAGCCUCAGUAGUUGCUACUUGGUAUCACCAGGACCAUAUUUUGCCAUGAUGACACACACAGACUCAUGAGGUAAAAACAACACCAGCCAUCACAGUGUUUUGCUGCUGGUGAUCACAUUCUUACUUCUUUUUUAAGUAAUUUUAAAUAAAGAUCUAACUAACUGUAUUUCUGCUUUCACCUCUCAUUUCUUUCAGUCAAGCGGCACAUGUAACUGCAGCUAAAUGCAACAAGUUCAUUGUUUAACAUGCAAUCAGGAUGCCAAGAUGGAUUUUUCUUUGAGUUUGAAAUUAGAUAUAGUAACACCAUAUGGCUUCACAACAUAUUUUAUAUAUAUAUAUAUAUAUAUAUAUAUAUAUAUAUAUAUAUAU